AUGGAGGCGCCAGGCGGCUCCAGUGCAUCAGCUGUAGUUGCUACGGCGUCACCAGCAUUGCCCGCGGCUCCCCCAUCCAAGGCUGGCCGCAGCUUGCGUGCGCGCCAAAGCAACGGCGGCGGCGCCAAGGCGCGCGCGCCCCGCCAGAGUGGUGGGCGAGUCAUAACCCAGGACGAGGUGACCCGCGCGCUCUUCAAGCUCAGUCCAGAGUACACGGCCUCGCGUCGCGACGAACUCGUGCACGACCGAGAGGCUGCACUGCGUGUAGUCGUCGAGGAGCACGACAUGGCCGUCAAGGAGAAGUUCCACCUCGAGCGCUACAUCAGCAUCCUCGAGGGAUGGGACCCUGCCGAGGCCAAGUUUGACAACUCGCCCGUGUUCAUGCAAUACAAGGACGCAAACCACGACCUCCUCAACUUGGUGCCGUCGUCGGUUCUCCCACCCGCCCCAACAGCCGGACCAUCACGGUCUCGUCCAAGCGGCCCGUCUCGUCAGACCCGCAGGCAGCUCCAUGACAAGGCUGAGGCCUUGGGGAACGUCACCGCCAUUGCUACAGCCGAACCCAAGGUGAACCUUACCAAAGGCAAGGGCAAAGGCAAGGCUGUCGAAGUUGAGCCCGAGGAGCAGCCGGAGAUUGCGCCACCACCCACCGAGGCGACGUCGAGCAAAUCUCGCAAGUCUACCAAGGCCGUAGACAUGCCCCCUCCUCCUCUUCCAGCCAAGGGCAAGAAGGGAAGCCGACGUGCAACGAUUGCUGCUGCUGAGAUUAUCGAAGCUGUUGAAGCAGAGGAAGAGCCGCCAGCUCCAAAGGGCAGCAAGAAGCGACCUCGGCAAUCGCUGCCCAACCUUCCGGCCAAGAAGCCGCGUGCUGUGGAAGUUGCGGCCAGUGCAUCUCCUGCGUCGUCUCCGGCUCCCACACCCACUCCCGCCCGAUCACCUACUCCACCACCUGCCCCUCUACCCUCCCUCGCUCACCUCGAAUUUCCACCGCCUCCUGAACGGCCACGAUGGCGACGCUCUGGACCUUCGCGCAUCAUCUACACCGAUCCGUGGCAGCGUCCAUUGGCUAAGCCAAAGUAUGGAGGCGACCUCAACCCUAUUCUCGAGUCGUACAUCCACCUCGAGGACACUGGCCCACCCGUCGACUUGCCCACGCUUGAGCUGCGUGCGCAGCGUGAAGGCUACAUUCGAAACCGUGUCAACUGGCUUCAGCAUCAAGGGCGACUUAUGCGCCUGCUGGACGAAGACGAUACAGGCCCAACCCAAGCGCCUGUCCGCGACAAGAGCCACCAGAAGAAGGCGCCGACAGGCCCCCCACCUCGCCAGGGCGACUUCCAGGAUGCUCUCAUGGCCCACAUGGUUCAGGUUCGCAACGCGAUGGUCAACGAGGCAAAGAUUAAGCCCCAAGUCUGCAAGCGCAUUGCCCGCAUGAUCCAGGUCUACUGGGAGCACCUCGAGAACAAGGACGAGCGCGAGCGUUUAAUGGAAGAGCGCGAGCGGAAACGCAAGGCCAAAGAGGUUGUCAAGGCACUCAAGAAGCGCUGGGGUCUGGCCGUCAAGAUUGUUCGCGCCAAGGUUGUCGCUGCACAAAAGCUUGAGCAGGACCGUCUCGGUAAAGCGCAUCUCCAGAACAUGCUGCAACGAAGCACCGGCCUGCUCGAGGGCCAACGUGACAUCAUCGUCGGCCGCGAAGGCGGUGACGACGAUGACGACGAAGCCGCCUCGGAUGCCACUGCCGAAGUCUCGGCUGCAGAGGACAGCGAGGCGGAGGACGCCGAUGAGGGUGGUGGUGAAGUGGCUGACGCCGGAGGUGACAUGACGAUGGGUGAGGAGGGCGACGGUGAGGAAGGUGCCGAGCAGGUUGCGGAGAGUGGCCAAGAGACCAACGACGAGGGCGACGACGAGGACAGCGAAAGCGAAAGCGAGACUGGUGAUGACCUGCCCGAGGUUGACUACCGUGCCAUGCUCGGGAUCGAGGUGGAUGUUGUGGAGCCGUCCGACGAGGGAGGAACCCCCACCGACAACGUUCCUAAUGGCGACAGCGACAUGGCUCUGGACGCUGUCCCCAGCCCAGGCCCUGCUCCAGUUGAGCCUAUUGUUGAAGCUGCACCAAAGGAGCCGACCCCUCCACCAAAGGAGCCCACCCCACCUCCCAAGGAGCCCACCCCACCUCCCAAGGAGCCCACCCCACCGCCCAAGGAGCCCACUCCGCCACCCGCCCAAGAUGACGAAAUGGACCUUGACGACCUUCACUUUGGUGGAGUCGACAUGACGAUGCCAGGACCAGACCUUGACGAGGCUGACCUGGCCAUGUUCGACACCAAGGUCAAUGUCACGCCCACGCCGAUACAGGAGCCUCUGCCUCCAGUAACCACUGCUGAACCUGCCCCGGUCCCCGUACUUCCUUCUCCGCCUACCCCAGUACCAGUACAGGAGCAGCCUACCAUUUCGGAGGCAUCUGUCGCCGCCAUUGAGCCCUCUGCCGGCUCUCCUGAGUUGGAGGUCGAAGAACUUCCUCCCCCGCGCGCUCCUUCUCGGCGUCUCCAACGCAAGCAGCGGGCCCUCGCUGCGGCUGCUGCUACUCCGGACCCUGACGCCAACGACACCGAGUUCAAGGCGGAGGGCAGUGACAUCGAUGUCCAAGAUGCUCAGCUCGACGAGGACAUGGACGACGCUAUCAAGGCCGACGGUGGUGACAGCGAGGAUGAGGGUCUCCUUGCCGAUGCCCAGCUGCCCAUCGAAGAGCUUCUCAAGCGCUACGGCUACCCCAUGCCUGCUCCCGUGCAGGAGGAAGCUCCGGAACUCGCCGUGGAUGAGCGCCCAGAGGAACCUGCAGCUGAGGCAGACGAGACGACAGUGGCUACUGAAGGCGAGCUUCAGCGCGCUACUGAAGGCGAGGCUGUCACCACGACCGACGGCGAGCCUGUUCCUAUGGCCGAAGGAUCGAGCAACAUUAUGGUCGACCAGUCUCUCACGGAUGAGGCCCUUGCCGAGCGUCGUGCCUCUCCAGCGCUUGUUGUGGAAGGCAAGCGACAACGCAAGAUCCGAACUGUCUGGACUCCUCCCGAUACACCGCAACAGCAGCCUGGCAAGCCCCGCAAGCCCAAGGUUGCCGUCGUCCAGGCAGCCCACCCCGAUGCCCCCGAUGACGAGGAGGCGGUAGAGGUGGAGGAGAGUGAGGAGGAGGUGGAAGAGGCUGAGGAGGAGGAUGAAGAUGAGGAGGACGAAGACGAGGGGGAGGACGAGGAAAUUGAGGUUGAAGAAGACCCCAGUGCGCCGCGCAUUCGGCCACCGUUCCUCCUCCGCGGUACUCUCCGUCCGUACCAGCAAGGUGGACUUGAGUGGCUUGCCAGCCUCUACGCCAACAACAUGAACGGUAUCCUAGCCGACGAGAUGGGUCUAGGCAAGACGAUCCAGACUAUCGCCCUCCUUGGCCACCUCGCGUGCGACAAGGGCGUGUGGGGCCAGCAUCUCAUCAUUGUCCCCACUUCGGUUAUCCUCAACUGGGAGAUGGAAUUCAAAAAGUUCUUACCCGGCAUGAAAGUCCUCACCUACUACGGCAACCAGAAGGAGCGCAAGGAGAAGCGUGUUGGCUGGCACACGGAGAACGCCUGGCAAGUGUGCAUCACGUCAUACCAGAUCGUCCUCGCCGACCAGCACAUCUUCCGCCGCAAGAAUUGGGUGUACAUGAUUCUCGACGAGGCUCAUAACAUCAAAAACUUCCGUAGCCAGCGUUGGCAGACCCUGCUUGGCUUCAAGGCUCAGCGCCGUCUUCUCCUGACGGGUACACCGCUCCAGAACAACCUCAUGGAGCUGUGGAGUUUACUCUACUUCCUCAUGCCCAACGGUAUUACCGCCGACGCCACUGCUGUGGUGGGCUUUGCAAACCAUAAAGAGUUUACCGAGUGGUUUUCAAACCCCAUGGACAAGGCUGUCGAGUCGGGAGAUACCCUUGACGACGAGACCAUUGAAACUGUCAACAAACUCCACACUCUACUGCGCCCAUUCAUUCUUCGUCGACUCAAGUCUGAAGUUGAGACGCAGCUUCCUGGCAAGUUUGAGCAUGUCGUCUACUGUCGCCUUUCGAAGCGUCAAAGGUUCCUGUACGACGAGUUCAUGUCCCGUGCGUCGACACGUGACGCACUCAUGUCGGGAGGCUACCUUGGUGUUGUCAACACCCUCAUGCAGCUGCGCAAGGUGUGCAACCACCCAGACCUGUUCGAGGUGCGCCCCGUCCGCACGAGUCUGGCCAUGGAGUAUGGUGUCGUGGGAGAUUAUGAGCCCACGCAACUGCUCGUGCGCAAACGUCUGCUCGACUCGCAGGACGAGCUCGACCUCGAGGGAAUGAACCUUAUCAUCACCGGUCACGAACGUCGUUCUGGCUGGGUGGCCUCUGCGCGUGCCCGCUUGGAUGCCAGCGACAAGCUUCCCUACGCCAUUGAAGAGGUCAAGAAGGGCCGAGUUCCUCCGCCUCCCAAGCCGGACGCUCGCACGAUUGAAGGCUGGGCAAAGUAUCGCGCGUACCAAGAACACGAGGCCAGUGUUGCGCGUUGGCGUGCGCUCCGCGACACCAAUCGCCUCCGGUGCCAGUCUGGGCCUAUCUACGGUUCCACCACACUGGAAAUGCUCUCGGAUCUUCCGCAGUAUCUCCUCCCGGACUCGGUCGAUGUGCGCCGCCAUGUUGACCUUUUCGGAGAGCACCAGCCCCCAGCUGCGCCACUGGUCGCUUCCUACACCCGACGCCUGGCUCAGGUGACACCAAUUAUCGACCGGUUUGCCGUCAUCCCACCCAACGCAGUCGCGCGUGACGUUGCCAACUAUGCGCUGCCGGGUAUCGACCCCUACCACCCGACUUUGCAAGACCCAGCGUUUGACACCCUACAUGCGCCUUCGGUACGCCUUCAGAUCGCAUUCCCCGACGCUAGCCUUUUGCAGUACGACUGCGGCAAGCUCCAGAAGCUCGCCGAGAUGCUACGCGAUCUCAAGGCGGAUGGCCAUCGCGUCCUCAUUUUCACGCAAAUGACGCGUGUUCUUGACAUUCUUGAAAUCUUCCUCUCCCACAGUGGACACCGAUACCUCCGUCUCGAUGGUAGCACCAAGAUCGAGGACCGUCAAAUCAUCACCGAGAGGUUCAACUCGGACUCGCGCAUCUUCUGCUUCAUCGCCAGCUCACGUUCGGGCGGUGUGGGCAUCAACCUGACGGGUGCCGACACGGUCUUCUUCUAUGACUCGGACUGGAACCCAUCGAUGGACAGGCAGUGCAUGGACCGCGCCCACCGUAUCGGACAGACGCGCGAGGUGCACAUUUAUCGCUUCGUGUCCUCUCACACCGUCGAGGAGAACAUGCUCAAGAAGGCCAACCAGAAACGCCUUCUCGACCGUGUGGUCAUCCAAGACGGUGACUUUACGACCGAGUUCUUUGGCAAGAUGGACUGGCGCGACAUGCUCGACGACAGCAUGCGGCCUCCCGAGGAGAUCGAAGAAGCCGACGAGAACCGCAUCGAGGACAUUGACGUCGAACAAGAACCCGAGGCCGAGGACGCGUCGGCUGCCGCCCCGCGACUUGGACAGGAGCGCGAGCUUGCUCAGGCACUUGCUGAAGUCGAGGAUGAAGAGGACGCAGCCGCCGCACGCGUGGCUCAAGGUGAAGGCGAGAUGGACUUUGCCGAGUUUGGUGGCGGAGACGACGUCGCCAAGAAGGCCAAGACGGCUGCCACCGUGGUAGCAGGAGUUGCUGCGCAGCAGCCUGCUAUCUCUCGACUGGGCACAGAGGGCCCUCCGACUGGCACCGGCACUGGGUCGGCCACACCGCUGCCCGAAGAGGAGGAGUAUUAUGACGAUGACGAGCCAGGCGCAGUGGACGAGUACAUGCUGCGUUUCGUCGAGUGGGAUUGGGAGUACUUUUCACAACUGUAG